AUGGCCAACACGGGAGCAGACGUCAGCUUUACCUGGAGGCGCGUGGCAAAAGAGACGGAGGUCAAAAAGAGCAAAUGUCAACAUGUUUAUGCGCAAUCUGGAGAGGAUGACGAUAUCAUGACCAUCUAUCUCAACGGCAAGUUUCACGCGAUGGAAUCGAAAUGUGGACACAUGGGCGGGCCUCUCCAUGAAGGGGAUAUCGAAAACAUCGGCGGCAAUCCACACGUGGUAUGUCCCUGGCAUGGCUAUAUGUUCGCAUUGCGAGACGGGAAAAGUACUUUAGCACCUGACCUAAAGCAAAAAGUCUACGAAACUAAAGUAGAAAACGGCAGUCUCUACAUCAAGUUCAACUGCGAUCUUUCAACCACUCCAUUCGUAGCGACGCCUAAGAAUUGAUAUCCAAAGGAAGUGUUCACAACAGUAUCCAAGGCAACGCCGCCAGUUUCCAUGGCAACGGCGGAUGAGCCCAAGAGAGCCAGGACAGGGACUAAUUAGUGCGUAAAUUGGUGAUUGAUCCAUUAGGGACCCCG